GUUUUCAACAGCGAAACCCGAAACGGAGAACAACCGCAUUGUUCAACGUGGUCGUCGUGGUCACUGGUUACAACCACUGUGUAGAAUUCUGUGGUUACAACUCACUGGUUAUCAAUCAGUCAGUCAACAAGCGACGUUGCGCGACAACAAACAUAAAGAAAAAAUCAAGGUAGACAAGUUACAUUGUGACUGUAGAUCUGCUUAAUGUUAAAGAUGGCACGACCCAUCAUGUUUAUCACUGGGAACAAGAACAAACUCAAAGAAGUCAAUCAGAUCAUGGGAUCAAGUUUUCCUCAAAAGAUAGAGAUUCAGGACAUUGACCUUCCUGAGUACCAAGGAGAGCCUGAUGAGGUGGCGCGGUCCAAGUGUGCUGAGGCUGCCCGACAUGUCAACGGCCCUGUUCUUGUAGAGGACACUAGUUUGUGCUUCAAUGCUCUCGGUGGAAUGCCUGGACCUUAUAUCAAAUGGUUCCUGAAGAAAGUUGGCCCCUCAGGUCUUCAUAAAAUGCUCCAGGCUUUUGAUGACAAGUCAGCAUAUGCUCUGUGCACAUUUGCCUAUUGUUCUGGAGAAAAGGAUGCUCAGAUUUACACAUUUGAAGGCAGAUGUGACGGAUCUAUUGUUGAGCCGAGGGGCUCCACAGAUUUUGGUUGGGAUCCAAUUUUUCAACCUGAUGGUUACACCCAAACUUAUGCAGAGAUGGAUAAAUCCAUAAAAAACACCAUCUCGCACAGAUCGAAAGCCUUGGCGGCUCUCAGGGACUAUUUUGUGAAAUCAUCCUAAGUCAUUGACAAAUGUUAUUUAGUGCAAGGUCAUAAUCAGAGGCUGCUCAAUCUCUGUAAGGGGCUCUCGUGGUCUAGAGGUUUCGGUGUUUGCCUCUCGUUCAAUAGGUCCCGUGUUUGAAUCUGGACAGCAACGGAAAAUUUUCUUCCCUAAAAUU